AUGGUCAAGAUGCUGUGGUCUCUGCUGGCUUACCUUACUGUCCUACAAGUCGCCAACGCUUGGCAGACCUAUCCCGACACGGAUGUUGUCAUUGUAUCCAAUAACGACCUCAAUCCGUUGAACGCCAACCGCGCCAGUGCCUUGUACCUGAAGAGUGCCUUUACUUGUUCCGACGCAGCAGCAGCUUGUGCUCAGCUCCAAGAAUCACUUCUACCCGCACCUAACAGCACCGGUCUCACCGCAGCGAAUUUGACUGCUGCUCUGAUUUCCGAUAAGCAUGGCGUAGCGAUCAAUCUGGGGCAAAACAUUUGGAUCGCAGGAGAGGAUGGUGGCUGUGCUACUUUUCUGUCUUCCGACUCGGCGACGGAGUCGCAGUCCAGUGAUUCGAAUGCGGCAAAGCUUCCAGCUCUCUGCACCAAUUCUGCACCGCUCACCCGUUCCAACGUCACUUCGUACGACAUUUCGCGCCAGAUUCGACUGCCCACUAACUCCGCUGGCGUUCUCUAUGGCUACCGCGACAAAUUUAGCUUCCGCUUUCUCGGUAUCCAGUACGCUGAGUCUACAGCAGGUGCAGCUCGGUUUGAGCCAGCAACAUCCUACCAAGUUUCAUCGAACACUGAGAGAUCGGCUGUUGCAUAUGGGCCGAUGUGCGCUCAGCCACCAGACCCUGACAAUGGACAUCUACUGCAUACAGAGGAGGAUUGUCUCACCUUGAAUGUUUUCACUCCUCUCGUAAAUUCUGCGACGUGCCCAGAUGAGACUGCGCCAAGGCUACCAGUGAUGUUCUUCAUUCAUGGAGGUGGCCUUAACACCGGAGACAGCGGGCCCUUCCCCUACAACAUGACAACCGAUGGCUUCGUGGGCAACUCCAUUUCCAACAUUUACGACGGUACCAAUCUGGUAUCGUAUGCAGGCGUCGUCCUUGUCACGAUCAAUUAUCGUCUUACGGCCUUCGGUUGGUUCAACGCCUCAAACGCUGCACUUAAGGACGCGCUUCUUGCGUUGCAGUGGGUGCAAGACAAUAUCGAAGCGUUCGGGGGAGAUCCAACGAAAGUCCUCAUUUAUGGCGAAUCUGCUGGUGGUACCAUGACCAGGUAUCUGCUAGGGACCAACCCUGCCUACACAGACGGUCUUUUCAGUGCCGCCAUACUUGAGUCCGAUUUUGGCACUUCCGACCCAUUCUUGGCUACUCCACUUGCUUUAAACCAAUCAUUAAGGCUCGCGAAGGGGCUGAAUUGUGCCCCCAACACAACUACGACGUUCACCGAGGAAAUAGCUGCUUGCGUUAAAAACUCCUCUGCCGGUGACAUUGCCCUGGCGUCCUUCGAACUCGGCAUUGCUUGGAGCAUCGCGAUUGACGGAGACUACGUCCUCACCGACAUCGCUUCCAGCAUUAAGGAUGGUGCCUACGCCCGCGUUCCGACUAUCUGGGCCAGCAACGAGUGCGAGUACUGCUACUUCCUUCCCAGCACCAUUCCGCCGGAUUCUUCUGCUUCUGUUUUCCCAGAUAGUCUCCCUCUUUACUUCAACUCGACGGAUGUAGUUCUCAUCCUUAACCAGACCACUCUCUAUCCGUACGAGACUGCGCCUGCCGAGGACGGGAUCUCGGGUUCCGUUCUGACUCUCGCUCAGCUCAUCACGGACUACUAUAUUCACUGCCCUAUGGUUUAUUUGGCAUCCCUUGAGACCAACACCACCAAUCCUGGAAACGCCUAUAAGGUCGAGUUCGGAGUGGGCCUCGGUUCACCGUUGACUCCGAACCCAGCUACCUGUGUAGGUCAAGUCUGCCAUGCGGACGAGUUGUACUGGGUCUUUGCGACGGCGGAGACCGAUGACCUAUACCAGCCGCUGUCCGAGUCGGAGGUCGAGACCACGCGCGAGAUUAUCAAUCGAUGGACGUCUUUGGCCUGGGACGGCAACCCCAACUACGAGGGCGCACUCGUGGAGUGGUCUCCUUAUACAGGAGACAACGAGGUUGUGAUCUUGAAUUCUACUCAGAGCAUCGAACCAUACAGAGUUGCGCAGUGCCUUUUCCUUCAAAGUCAACUUGGACUCGUCUUUGGAGAGGACUCAGUUUGA